GUGGCCAGCGCGGAGGAUAUCAAUCCCGAGGACAUCACAGCUGCCCUCGCCGCGGGCAGCGCCGCUGGCAGUGGCGAGCAGGGGAUCGCUCAGCAGGCGGACAGCGCCGCUGGCAGUGGCGCCGCUGGCGCGGCGGGGACCUCUCAGGAGGCCAGAGCCGUUGACGGCGGCGCGGUGGGGGAGCUGACCCAGGACGAACUCUUGGAUGGGUACGCCGCGGUGCACUUCGUGCAGGAGAAGUGGGAGCGUUUGACUACGCAGGCCCCAUUCCUCAGGAUGCUCAUAAGAUGGUUGGUCCAGGUGCUCCCGCUCAUGCUGCCAGAUGACUUUUCUCGCGACAUCGACUUUUUGGAGGUGAUGACGGGCUCAGGGCGGUUGUCGGACGAGUGCAUGGACAUCGGGAACGCGGUGAACUACGACCAGAACUUCGGCAAGGACUACCAGCUUGAAACCAACGACGGUUACCACAACCUGAUUCGCCUGGCGUUGCGCGUGAGGCCCAAUGGGGUGGCGUGGAUCAGCCCGCCCACUGACACGUGGAUGGGCAGCGCCGCCGACGACUCCGACGGCCUCGUUAUCAAGGAGCAGAACAGGAUUGCGAUUCGCCUCACCGUCGUGGGGACGAUCCUGUGGUUGCGCGGGGCGCAUCAGGCGUGGGCCCAUCCAGUUCGGUCGCUCAUGUGGAAGUACGAGCCCGUCAAGAUGCUCGGCCAAGUCAUCACGACGUUCGCCACCAAGACCAACCUCCAGACCUUCGGGGCGCCGUCCUUGUCCGAGCUGUUCGUCCGCCACAGCUGCCCCGAGUUCUACGAUCUCGAGAGGUCCAGGCCGAAGACGCCCAAGCGCAAGACAGCAGCCGUCGGCGACGAUGAUGACAUCACCAUCCCCUGGGAGUUCGCCAGGUGCAUCAAGUCCGUCGUGAACAAGAUCGCUGAGAUCAGGAACGGCCAGGGAAGGAUCUACGACUACCUGGCCACGAGGCGCCGC